GUUUUUGUUCAGUCUGUUUUUUUUUCUCUGGAGCUCCAUGAUGAAGAUCACGCUGGUGAGCAUCACCGUGACCAUCGCGCUCCUGAUGGAGGUCCACGCUGACGUCCAGCCGCAGAAGAACUUUGACCUGAAGAGGUUCGCAGGUCGGUGGUACCGCGUCGGUCUGGCGUACAACUCGCCCAGCUUCGCUCGGCACAGGAACAAGCUGACGAUCUGUAUGGGCGUGGUGGAACCGAAGGAGAACGGCGGCGUCAUGAUGACGGUGUGGAAAACGAAGUCCUCCGUCUGCCAGAAAGAAGUCUACAAAUAUGAGAAGACGUCCGUACCUGGCGUGUUCACGUACUUCAGCACACGACACAGCCGGGUGAAGGACAUCACUGUGGUGGAGACAAACUACAGCGAGUUUGCUGUCAUUUAUAAACACAAGAAGUUCAACAGGGAAUUCUCUCAGGUGUCUCUGUACAGUCGUAGUCAGAAGUUGAGAUCAGAAGUGAUUGAGAAGUUUAAAAAAUACGCCAUGCAGCACGGCUUCCCUGAAGAGUCCAUUACAAUUCCACCACCAGCAGAUAACUGUCCUCCCACACGCCACUGAUGUCGUGUUGUGGGAGUGUGAUGAGCCUCAGACGGGACGUUCUCUACAGAGCACAGACCCCGAACCGGAUCUCCAGGCUCGAUCAGGAGAACCGAUUUCUGUACCUUAACCAGCUGUUCAUGUUCAUGUUCAUGUUCAUGUUAAUCCCAUAUAAAGUCGAUAUAUUCGUGCUGGUGUGAAAUCCGAGUCUCUGUAAUGCGAGAUACUACAGGUACUUUUUUUAAAAUAUUGGUAUGUAUUUAAAAAUAAAUGUACAUUUAUUUAUGCAAAUGAGGCUUCAUUUCAUUUAAUACACACAAAUUUGCGUCCUGAAUACAACUUACAAAAUCUAGUCUUUAGAUGUUAGAGUUGACAUUUGGAUGAGAUUUAUUCCUACAGUUGAAGAGAAGCUAUUUUAUAGAUUUAUAGAUUAUCAGAAAAAAAACAAACUGAAAAACUAUUUACCUGAACUGUCAUUUUGACCUGUAGUGUGAUUUCCAGCAAAAAAAAAAAAAAAUUGAAAAUACAGAAAAAUAAAGAAUGAUUUUUCUUCUAACUGGCCAGUG